AUGGCGGAAGAAGGCAAUUACAAAAGGCGACCGGCCAUGGACGUGCGGAUUCUAAUUCUGGGCAGCGUGAUGAUGGCUUUGAUUCGGGCCAGUCUCGCCGACAACAUUAAGGUGGAAUAUUUCAAUACCACUACACUGAAGUGUGACAACUCCAAGCUUAACAUAACUACCAACCCUGGUAACGCCGCUAAUAUACAAGCCAAGUACUGGAUUCUUCCAUCAGGGGAAAAAAUUGACAAUACUUCUAUUUCUAAAAUCCAGAGAGGAAAAUUAGCAUGGAUUAUAUCGGAUUGGUUUGAUUUUAGUCUUACAAUCACUGAUGUUAACGACGAAGAUUUCGGAAUGUAUUAUUGUGUUAUAGUGAGGAAUAAUUACCAGGUGGACGUCAUUCCAAAAGGUUUAAACAUCGACGGACCAGAUUACUCAAAAUUGAUUAAGCGCUAUCGACACAAUGCGAUGGUUGGGGGAAUAGCUGCUGGUUCACUUUUUGUCAUCAUUUGUGGAGCAUGUCUGAUACAUCAUUUCCGGUACAGUUCCAAAAGAACGGAUCGCAAGGAGGGAAUUGAACUUGAUGGCGGAUGUUAUGAUAAUGAGGCAGUUAAUGCUUCGGACGGAUUAAAACCUUACGUCAAAGCCGAAGUAGAGACAUCCGAAAAGUUGUAA